GUGAGACUUUCCUGUCACUGGAUACUACUACUCCCAGCCCUCCUCAAAGCCGCCGGAGCUACCCCCUGGUCUUUAGUUUACUAGUGGCAAUUUGACUUGCUCUGCUGCAUGUCUGGAGGGACCGUGGAAAGUGUGGAGAGGCCUCGGGGAUUAAGCGAUCGUAGCUUAAAAAGAAAAAAAGCCAAACAAAUAAACAAAACCCACCCACCCUAACAAACAUGAGGCUGCUGGAGAGAAUGAGGAAAGAAUGGUUCAUGAUUGGAAUAGUGCUGGCGAUCGCCGGAGCUAAACUGGAGCCGUCCGUAGGGGUGAAUGGGGGACCACUGAAGCCAGAAAUAACCGUCUCCUACAUUGCUGUUGCAACAAUAUUCUUUAACAGUGGACUCUCAUUAAAAACAGAGGAGCUGACCAGUGCUUUGGUGCAUAUAAAGCUGCACCUCCUCAUCCAGGUCUUUACACUUGCAUUCUUCCCAGCGACAAUGUGGCUUUUCCUUCAGCUUCUAUCAAUCACACCCAUCAAUGAAUGGCUUUUAAAAGGUCACUUGUUUAGUUCGCACUAUGUGCCAGGAGUUAUAAUAGUUGUUGGAGAAAUAAUAGUCAACAAAAAUGGCAAAGUGCGAGUUAGUUUUGCACGGUGGGAAGACUUGGGUGUGAUUGACAAUAAACAAUCUUUUGAGUUAGGUACUAUUAUUAUUCCCAUUUUAUGGAUGAGCAAACUGGAACAAAAAGAGAUCGGAAAUUUGUCCAGCGAGCAGAACCUCUCAGCUGGGCACACUGCCAUUCAGCUGAACACCGUGUUUACUAGACUUUGUGGUGUUCCGAUGGCCAUGUCACUAAAUUCUGGCCAGUGGAAUGUAAAUGGAGCCUGUUCUGACCACCAGACACUGAUUGAAAAGAUAGUGAAGUCAGUCCGGCUUUUAGCAAGCCCAUGGAUUUGCAGAAAGAGCUCUGAAAGCCCCAAGAAUGAAACUUCUUGGAGCCAUCUAGUCAAGCUCACACCAGAGAUCUUGGAGAAUCUGAACUUCUAUAAGAAUGUUUGGGCUGCUGUUAUUACAGUGAAACCUUCUGAGAGUAUCUUCUCAGGAUCUAAAAUCUUCAGGGACUUGGAGAAUGAAGACCUGUGUAAAGAAGGCUUGCUGGACCUUAUUUUAUACCCAGGGGUUUUAUAUCUGCUCUCAUUUAAUCCCCACAAAAAUUUUGCAGCUGCAAUAUUUAAUUCAGCCUUUGGAAGUUUUUUGGGCAUUGUUAUAACACCCCUGCUACUGCUGCUUUUUCUUGGCUCAUCCUCUUCUGUGCCUUUUACAUCUAUUUUUUCUCAGCUUUUUAUGACUGUUGUGGUUCCUCUCAUUAUUGGACAGAUUGUCCGAAGAUACAUCAAGGAUUGGCUUGAAAGAAAGAAGCCGCCUUUCGGUGCUAUCAGCAGCAGUGUGCUUCUCAUGAUCAUCUACACCACCUUCUGUGACACAUUCUCUAACCCAAAUAUUGACCUGGAUAAAUUCAGCCUUAUUCUCGUACUGUUCAUAAUAUUUUCUAUUCAGCUGAGUUUUAUGCUUUUAACCUUCAUCUUUUCAACAAGGAAUAAUUCGGGUUUCACACCAGCAGACACUGUGGCUAUCAUUUUCUGUUCUACACACAAAUCCCUCACACUGGGAAUUCCAAUGCUGAAGAUAGUGUUCGCAGGCCACGAGCACCUGUCUCUAAUAUCCGUGCCCUUGCUCAUAUACCAUCCAGUUCAGAUCCUUCUGGGAAGUGUGUUGGUGCCAACGAUAAAGUCUUGGAUGGUGUCAAGGCAGAAGGGAGUGAAGUUGACGAGGCCGACGGUAUAACAGAAGGCACCCUCAUGCCGUGAUGUAUAUAUGUACAGGAUUGUACCUACAAACAGUUCCGAAGACGCGUACUUGUGAAUGUUGCCUCGAUGCAUAUUUUAUUUUUUUACACAAAAAUAUGAUAUAACAGUUUAAGUGCCUUACAAUGUAUUUGACAGGAGUGUUAUUUCCAAAACCUACUUUGUUGGUUACUACCAGGGGUGGUACUGUAUUUUGGAGUGGUUUAUUAUUAUUUUUUUCCUACCACAGGAAACCGUCAUCGUGACAAAAAGCAAACAUGCUUUCCUUGUACCACCUUUGGUGCAAUACAACCAUGUUCUAGUUACUGUGCUGUAUGAAAUGAGGUCACCCCAUCAGGAAGAUGCCCUCCUGAUGGCAGUGAAAAUUUCCAAAGUCUUAUUCAUGAAUACUUUGAUUUACUGUGUGAUUCUUUUUUUCUACAACUGUGACAUGCCUCUUCCUUAUCAACUCAGCAGGGGUCAUAGAUUGAAUAGAUGCUGAAAAGCAUAAGUUAUCUGCAUUUCUUGACAUCAUUUUUUAGACAUUCCUUCAAAUAGUUUCCACACAGAAAUUCCUCAGUCCCAUUAUAAGAGAUGGCGGUGUUAUAUGUCGUAAAUUUAUUAUAAGCUGCUUCAAAGAAAGAGCCUGAUGUUUGAGUUAUAAGUAAGGGAAGUUUUGAGGUAAACUACAGGACUCAGUUUUCAGGAGUUUUACAAUUCUAUUUCACAUAUUUUCCCUUUUUCUGCCAUAAUUUCCUUCUUACCUGUUUUCCAGCACACUCUCACACUCAUACCAGCCAAAUGUGAGGCCCAAAAAUGUUACCGUCAGUUGGAGAAUAGGAACCAUUAAUGGUGGAUUAUAUUCGCAUUCCACAACUGAGACCAGAAUGUCUUCUUGUUACACAGAUGUCUGAGCACAAAUUGCCCCUCUUAGCCAGAAGCAGCCUGUUACAUCCUUGAAUUAAGCACACUUAAGGCAUUUGAGACAAGUUAUUAGUGAAAAUUUCCUUGGCAGAUCUGACAAAAGUUUACAAUUUUUUAGAAUUAAGUCAUAUUUUCUUCCGAAUAAAUAAAAUAUAAAGGUCAUGGAUACAAACAAAUGUUACAUAUACACAUUCUGUCUAGCCAGAUGGGAAGAAAACUGGGCACCGAAAAUGCAAAACCAUUCAUUAACCAAAAUAUCAAAUAAAAUGAUGUCCCAAUUGGGCCUCAGCUUUCAAAAGAGUGUUUGUGUUUGCCUAUACUGUGGCUAAGCAAACUUUCACUGGACCCAACUAGAGAGGAAAGCAAUAUAUAGAAUUAGGGGAGCAUUUUCCUCUACUUCCUACGCAGCAUUCUGUCACAUCCUCUCUGCGUGUCCUUCCUUGAUUUGACAGACAAUAUUGGCAUCCUGGGUCUCACUGAGGCUGACUCUGUCCUCAGCAGCUGUUUUGUUGUUAUUAGGUCAGCAACGACAACAACAACAACAACAACAAAAUCAUUCCAUAGAACCUUAUCGGCUUUAUCAGUACUGCAAGUUUAUCUCACUGUCCCUACCAGCUCUCAUCCGUGUAGCUUCUGACCAUUCCAAUACUAUUGAACCUCCUCGUAAGUUUCACAAGCGUUGUCCUCACUGAAAAUUUUAAGGGUAAGGCCAGACUCUGCAAAAAUCUAUGUUCAACAGGUUAUUGGCCAAGAAUUUCACUUGUAUCUAGGACUCCAGCCAUUUUGUUCGAUACUUUUGAUGCUUACAGAUGGAGCACAGAAAGAUUUUCAUCUUUUGUUCCCUCAAGCUUCUUUGAAUUUCAGAGAAGAUGGAAUUGUCUGUCUGUUCGUCUGAGCUAUAAAAAUCUUUCUCCCUAGCAUUAGAAUACUGAUUUUUUUGGCCCCAACUUAUCUACCUCUAUUAUGUAACACCUAUAGUAGGUGUGAUUCAUGGGAUAAGGUUCAACUGAAAAUGCUAUAACACUUUAUCUUUUGCUUUAAAAAAUACAUUUUGUUUUCAAAUAAUCUCUACAUUGUGCAUUUUGGUGACUUUAGUGAUAAUGCCCAUUUCUUUCUUUACACAAAUACUAUGGCAUAUUUUUCCAUAAAGAAUAAAAAAUAAAAUCAAAAUUUAUUUUUAAUUCAUGCUUAUUGGGAUUUAAUUAUUCAUCUCAAAAAUAUUUUAUUAUGUGUUAUGCACUGUCAGGCUAUCCAUUUAUGCAUUUUUUAUCUAAAUGUAUUUAUGAAAGAAAUACAUUAGAUUAUAUUUAUGUUUACUCAGUUUUCCACCUGGGAUUCUUUUUAAAUGGUUGUUAUGAAAUUUGGUUUUUUAAUGGGUGAUAAUGUUAAUCUUUUCAUGUGUCCUUUUCUUAAUUUUAAGUUUUGUAUUUUUUUUUUAAUUCUUCCCUAUUCUGUUUGAAAGACACCUCUGGCUAACGUUCAGUGUUUGUUUAUGCUAAAUACCAAAUUUUUACAAAAGGAUUGGUGAAGUAAUGAAGUGGAUUAUUUAUGAUGAGUGGAAGAGGAAAAUAAUUCUAUGAUUAAACAAAGAGAUGUUUCCAAAAUCGCAA